AACCCGCCGGAGGAGGUGGCGGCGCUGUUGCAGCGCUGCCGGGAUACACCCGCCGCGGACCUGGCGGCGUACAGCAUCCACACGGAGCUGCGGCUGAAGCACCGCUACCUGGAGGGGCCGCUGCCGGUGCAUAUAACGAUUGGCAUGGCGGGCACGGACACACAGCGUAUUAUUGUGCUCAGCUGCACUCGAACCGAGGACCUGGACAGCAACCUGCUGGUGGUGGACAGCCACAUGCGCAUCCGCUUCACCUCGCACGGCCUGCCGGCGCUGCUGGGCUUCACCACACGCAAGCUGGCGGGCAUGCGGCUGGACCAGCUGCUGCCGGCUCCCUACGGGGCUCUGCACGCCAAGUGGCUGAGGGACCCUCCGGUCGCCAUCCCGCCCACCAGCUGCCGUACGGGGCGGGUGGUACACAUGCUGACGGAGAACGGUGUCAACCUGCCGGUGCGGGUGGCCAUUCGCACCGCACCCGCCUCGACGGAUGUGGGCAUGACGCUGUAUGUGGUGCAGGUUGAAAGGGUGCCUUUAGAGGAGAUGCUGGAGGAGAAGCGCCUAGUGGCUACCGUGGACUUCACCGGUCGUGUGCUGUCGGUGUCACGUCCUGACUCGGAGCUCUUCGGGUUCUAUUCCGGCAGCCUGGUGGGGUGCAGCCUGAGUGACGUCGUCGACAUCUUCC